AAGUUGCAAGAUAUCGUAGGGUAACUAACGAUGAUAACAAUGCGUUUAAUUUAGGUUUUUUGAAAGAUAUAUUUUAAUGACAAUGGAUGAUCAAGACGAAACAGUGCCCAGGCUGUGCGAACAACUGUCACGUUCAUCACUUAGAGAACUUUUACGGCAGGACCGUGAGAAAGAGGAGAUUGCGGAAGCCCAAGUGUCUUGGUACCAUGGCAAAAUCUCACGAGAAACGGCAGAGACUAUUUUACGUCAAGGCAUAGCUGACCAUGGUAACAUAGAUGGGCUGUUUCUGGUAAGGGAGAGCACUGCGUCACCGAAGGACUUCGUCCUUUCUCUGAUGUACAACAGGGAACCUUAUCACUUUGUCAUUCAGAACCAAUGUGAAGGUCACUACAGGAUAGAUCAAGGACCAGUGAUACAUGGUCUGGAUGAGCUGAUUCAGCGUUACAAGGAGAAUGACCACGGAUUACCUCACAAGUUGACACAGUUCUGUAUCGAUCAGCCACCCCCGCACCAGGCCAGGAAGUUUGGUCAUACCAAUAUUCUUCACAGAGCCGUGGGCGAGGGUAAUGUUCAGAUCACACAGGAGAUUCUGAAUUCAGUCAAUCACCCUGAUGUUAACAAGAAGAAUGCUGAUGGUUCCACUGCUCUCCAUGAUGCCAGUUUCUAUGGCCUGAGUGAGAUUGUAUCGCUUCUCCUGGCUGCUGGAGCAAACGCCAACAGUAGAGACAGUGGGGCGUACACUGCGCUGGCGAGAGCAUGCUGUGGAGGAAGUGGCCGACCGAACUCUGUAGCUGUGCUCAUCACCCAGGGCGGAGCUGACCCACAGGAACCCUGCCCUAAGACAGGCUGGGUGCCUCUCCAUGAGGCUGCCAUGAGGGGUCACUGUGAAUGUGUCAAGAUGUUGCUAGCGUUUGACGCCCCCCUGAUGUCUCGCACUCAUGAUGGUGACACCCCGUGCGACAUUGCUCAGAAGUAUGGCAAGCUGGAGUGUGCCAGUCUCCUCAGUAGAUAUGUCGUACCUAAACCACAGCUGAAAAAGGAACAGUGGUACCAUGGUAACCUUGACAGACAGGGAGCUGCUCGUCUUUUCACAUUACACGGUGUUCAGGAUGGACUGUUUUUAAUACGCCCAAAUUCACGGCGCACAGAUUUUUAUGUCUUGAGUCUUUGCUUCAACAGAAGUCCCUAUAACUAUGAAAUACGGAAGAGUAUGUACCAGAAUAAGCAUGUGUAUUACAUUGACGAUGGCCCAUUCUUACCGUCCCUGGAUCACAUAGUCUACCAUUAUUCCAAGCGAGCGGACGGAUUGCCUUGUCGUCUUGCUAAGGCAAUCUCACCAAAUAACCGCAUUGUGGAAGUGUCUGUUGUUCCGCCACUGGAAGAAGAAAAUGAGUACAGUAAUUACAAACAGCUGACAUCUCCAGAUUUACCGCCCCGGCCUGACAAUGUGGGGACAUGGGGAAUGACAAAUAAGGGAACACCACCUCCAUUACCUAGUUAUCCACCACCAAAGAAGACCUUAAUUAGCAUACCUGCAAAGCGAAUUACAACAGGCAGCCUUCUCGGAGAAGGAGAGUAUGGUGCAGUUUAUAAGGGUGUGUACGAUAAUGGCAAAGAAAAGAGAGAUGUUGCUAUCAAGUGUUUCCAUGACGACCAGGUAAACGUGAUGGAGGAUUUCAUGAAAGAAGCGACUACAAUGCAGGGACUGGACCACGUCUGCAUUGUGAAGUUAAUAGGGGUGUCAAAAUCUCCACUUAUGAUGAUCCAGGAGUUUGUUCCUCAAGGCUCCAUGUUGGACUUUCUGUACGAUCACCCUGACCAGGUAGAAGUCAAGGUCGACCUGUAUCUCUGGGCCACUCAGAUUGCAUGCGGGAUGAUGUACCUGGAGGAGAAGCACCUGAUCCACAGAGACCUGGCGGCCAGGAACAUCCUGCUUCAGUCCAAACGUCAGAUAAAAAUCAGCGACUUUGGUUUGUCUCGCGCCAUAGGAGCGGAUAACGACUACUACAGAGCGAGUCGAGGAGGAAGGUGGCCAAUCAAAUGGUAUGCCCCAGAGUGUGUUAACUACGGCCAGUUUUCCCAUGCUAGUGAUGUCUGGAGCUAUGGGGUGACACUGUGGGAAAUGUUCACUUUUGGAGAGCCACCCUACGGGGACAAGAGAGGAGCAGAGGUCAUCAAGGACAUAGAGCGAGGGAAACGCCUUCCCAAGCCGGACAACUGUGAAGCUGUGACCUAUGACCUCAUGCUGAGCUGUUGGUCAGCACGACCUGCAGACAGACCAACCUUUGCUAAACUUCAUCGCAAAUUCCAGGUGGAUGACGAGUACCAGACUGUUAGCAAAAGUCGGACUGGUAGGAUGAAAUAAAGCUUAUGUGAGGUUUGGAUGAUUGGGGAGCUGGUAGGAGGAUGUGGAGAAAUACGAAAUACAUGCGUAUGAAGAAAUAAAUAAAGAAGUAUGUGCCACAGAAACACAAGAUAUAAAGAUAUAUGCAGAAAUAACAGAUAUAUGAAGAAAUAAUAGACAAAUGAAGAAAUAGCAGAUAUGUGAAGAAGUAAUUGAUGUAUGAAAACAUAACAGAUGUGAAGAAGUAAUUGAUGUAUGAAAACAUAACAGAUGUGAAGAAGUAAUUGAUGUAUGAAAACAUAACAGAUGUGAAGAAGUAAUUGAUGUGUGAAAACAUAACAGAUGUGAAGAAGUAAUAGAUGUAUGAAAAAAUAACAGAUGUGAAGAACUACAUGUAUUAGAAACAUAGAAGAAAUACUGGAUACAUGGAGAAAUAUAUAUAAGAAACACAGAAAAAGUCACUGAUA